UUUCCACUGCGGUAACCGGAUGCAACGCUGCGCGGCUCAUUCAGCGCUGCGACGCAAUCAGGGGAGAAAGAACAAACGCAUUUUCAUUGAUUUUAACCUUUUUUGUUAUUCUCCCCCCGACCUUCUUCAUCGUCCCUGCGUCUGAAUUAAAAUUGGAGUUUAGAUUAGCGAGAAAGGGAAAAAACAAUGAGCGUGAUCGACCUUCUGACUCGCGUAGACGAGAUCUGCAAGAAAUAUGACAAAUACGACGUUGACAAGCAGAGGGACCUCAACGUCUCCGGCGACGAUGCCUUUGCUCGUCUCUAUGCCGUUGUCGAGGCCGACAUUGAAUCUGCUCUUCAGAAAGCCGAAGCCGCUUCCAAGGAGAAGAACAGGGCCGCUGCUGUUGCUAUGAAUGCAGAGAUUCGUCGAACCAAGGCUCGGUUGCUGGAAGAGGUCCCCAAAUUGCAGAGAUUAGCGGUUAAGAAGGUCAAAGGGCUGACGAAAGAAGAACUUGCCACCCGUAAUGAUUUAGUUCUUGCACUUCCUGAGAGGAUUCAAGCGAUACCAGAUGGUACUUCUGCUCCAGGCAAGAAAACUGGAGGAAGGUCAACUUCAGUUUCUCGUAAAGAAAUCAAAUUUGACUCAGAUGGAAAUUUUGAAAGUGAGUUCUUUCAACAAACUGAAGAGUCGAGCCAAUUUAGGCAAGAGUAUGAGAUGCGGAAAAUGAAACAGGAUCAAGGACUGGAUAUUAUAUCAGAUGGGUUGGAUACACUUAAAAAUUUGGCACAUGACAUGAAUGAGGAAUUGGAUAGGCAAGUGCCUUUGAUGGAUGAGAUCGAAGCCAAGGUUGAUAAGGCGAAUGCUGAUCUCAGAAAUACUAAUGUUAGGCUUAAGGAAACAAUUACACAACUGAGGUCUAGUCGAAACUUUUGCAUUGAUAUUGUCCUGUUGUGUAUAAUUCUAGGAAUUGCUGCCUAUUUAUAUAAUGUGCUGAAGUAAUGAAAUGAUUCAAACGGAUACGGUUGCUGCUUGUUUUAUCAUGGUUGUCUGGUUGUCUUUUCUUCUAUCAUUUGAGGGCUUGCUAUGUAUACUUGAUUUGGCUUCAUUUUUUCCCUGUCCCCUGUAUUCAAUGUUCUUGUACACUUGUGGAAAACCAUAACCAGUUUCCUCUGUCAGCCCCCGACUGAUACAUUGAGCAUCUUUGUAUUCAUAAUAUUUUGAUUCAUCUAGAUUGAUGAUGCGACUACUAUCUGUAUAAGAUAGAUAUAUAAAAAUGUUGCUUCAAAGAGUAUAA